UAAGGUUCCUACCACAUUCUCAUCCUUUGUGAUAAUGUCGGCUGAGUAUGAAGAUAGACCUCCCAGAGACAAUGGCCCAGAGGGCAUGGAGCCAGAUGGGAUCAUUGAGAGCAACUGGAAUGAGAUCGUGGACAGUUUUGAUGAGAUGAACCUGGGUGAGAAGCUGCUCAGGGGAAUCUAUGCCUAUGGUUUUGAGAAACCCUCCGCUAUCCAGCAGAGGGCCAUCCUCCCUUGUAUCAAGGGUUAUGAUGUGAUUGCACAGGCUCAGUCUGGUACUGGGAAGACUGCGACCUUUGCCAUCUCCAUCCUGCAGCAGAUUGACAUGGAGCUGAAGGGCACACAAGCCCUGGUCCUGGCUCCCACCAGAGAGUUGGCUCAGCAGAUCCAGAAGGUCAUCCUGGCACUGGGUGACUACAUGGGAGCCUCCUGCCAUGCCUGUAUUGGAGGGACCAACGUCCGUAACGAGGUCACCAAGCUGCAGGCUGAGGCCCCUCACAUAGUGGUGGGGACCCCUGGUCGCGUGUUUGAUAUGUUGAACCGCAAAUACCUGGCCUCCAAGAACAUCAAGAUGUUUGUGCUGGAUGAGGCUGAUGAGAUGUUGAGUCGUGGUUUCAAGGACCAGAUCUACGAGAUCUUCCAGAAGCUCCCCACCAGCACGCAGGUGGUGCUGCUGUCUGCCACCAUGCCCCAGGAUGUCCUGGAGGUCACCAAGAAGUUCAUGCGUGAGCCAAUCCGCAUCCUGGUCAAGAAGGAGGAGCUUACCCUGGAGGGUAUCAGACAGUUCUACAUCAAUGUGGAGAAAGAGGAGUGGAAGCUUGACACCCUGUGUGAUCUCUAUGAGACCCUGACAAUCACCCAGGCUGUGAUCUUCAUCAAUACUAGGAGGAAGGUGGACUGGCUCACUGAGAAGAUGCAUGCCAGGGAUUUUACUGUGUCCGCUCUGCACGGCGACAUGGACCAGAAGGAGAGGGACUUGAUCAUGAGGGAGUUCCGUUCAGGCUCCAGCAGGGUUCUCAUCACCACUGACCUGCUGGCCAGAGGUAUCGAUGUCCAGCAGGUGUCCCUGGUCAUCAACUAUGAUCUGCCCACCAAUAGGGAGAACUACAUCCACAGGAUUGGUCGAGGGGGUCGUUUUGGCCGCAAGGGAGUUGCCAUCAACAUGGUGACUGAGGAGGACAAGCGCACGCUGAGGGACAUCGAGACGUUCUACAACACCACUGUUGAGGAGAUGCCCAUGAAUGUGGCUGACCUCAUCUAGAUUCUGGAAGAUUUCCUUCUGCCCCGCCCCAAACCUUCUGUCCUCUCUCAAUCCCCUUGGCUUCAACAAAACCCCAAACCCAAUAGCCCCCUCCAAUCGGUUAAAACGACGAUCACUCAGAUCCUGGAGCCCUCCCCCUCUUGACCGGAAAUCCGAUCCUAUUUCACCUUUGAUUCCUAUCCUUGUGAUUGAAUACCGACUGGUAUUCAAACUCAAUACAAAUGAUUUUACUCUUA